AUGUAUUGGGGAGGAAAUCUGGUGGAAAACGGCGAUCCGAAAUGCCCGUCACGUAUAAAAUAUGGAGCCGGACCGAUUCCUGAGUCGUACUUUGUGGAUCCGAAAAAGGCGAUGGCGGAUUAUGAUCAAUUGACGACGGUUUAUGCGGGAGAUAAACAUUUGAUUUCGAUCAAAAUUAAGAGGCCGUCUAGGAUAAGGUAGGAAAUUAUUCGACAAUACAUCGAAAACCAAUAAAAACUAUAACUCACCAAUUUUUAUAUCAAACAUUUUUGAAACAGUGAAUUUUUUUUUUCAAAAAAUUUCCGAAUUGUUUUGCUGAAAAUUUGGGCUCAACAAUUUUUUGAAACAACUUUUUAAUUAUAGCAAAAAAAUUUAAUUAAGUUUUAUUUUCAAUGAAAAAUUGAAACAGUAGAAUUUUUUAAACUGAAAAUUUGAAAUUUUUCUCGGAAAUCCUAGAUUUUUCCUGAAAAGCUGAAAAUACACGACUAAUAAUUUUUAUUUCAAAAUUUUAGAAUUGAGAACAAACUAAUAAAAAAAUUUUUGAAAAUUUUUGUUUGAAAAAUUUUUGAAACAGUGAAUUAUUUCGAACAAAAUGGCGAGUUUUUUGCAGCGAAAAUAUUGGGCUCAACAAUUUUUGAAGAAACUUUAUCAAAAAAAUUUAAUUGAGUUUUAUUUUCAAUGAAAAAUUGAAACAGUAGAAUUUUUAAAACUGAAAAUUUUAAUUUUAUUUCAGAAAUCCUAGAUUUCUGCUGAAUAGCUGAAAAUAAAUGACUAAUAAUUUUUAUUUCAAAAUUUCAGAAUUUAGAACAAACUUAUUAAAAAGAUAUUUGAAAAUUUUUGUUUGAAAAAUUUUUUGAAACAGUGAAUUUUCAAAGUUUCAAAAGAAAAUUUCCGAAUUUGUUUGCAAAAAAACUAGAUAACAGAUCUUAUUUUAUCAAAAAAAAUUUGAUUUAUUUUUAUUUUUAAUGAAAAAUUGAAACAGUUGAAUUUUUUAAAGUGAAAAUUUGAAUUUUAUUUCAGAAAUCCCAGAUUUUUGCUGAAAAUACAUGACUAAUAAUUUUUAUUAGAAAAUUUUAGAAUUGAAAAUCAAGAAUCGAAACAUUAAAAAAUAUAUGAAUAAAUUUAGUUUUAAAAAUUUUUGAAACAGUGAAUUUUUUCGAAAAAAAAUUUCUAAAUUUUUUUGCAAUAAAACUGGUCUCAAAAAUUUUUGAAGAACUUUAUCAAAAAAAAUUUGAUUGAGUUUUAUUUUUAAUGAAAAAUUGAAACAGUAGAAUUUUUAAAACUGAAAAUUUGAAUUUUAUUUCAGAAAUCCCAGAUUUUUCCUGAAAUACAUGAAUAAUAAUUUUUAUUUCAAAAUUUUAGAAUUGAAAAUCGAAAAAUUAAAAAAUAUAUGAAUAAAUUUAGUUUAAAAAAAUUUUUAAAACAGUGAAUUUUUCCGAAAAAAAAUUUUCGAAUUUUUUUGCAACAAAACUGGCCUCAAAAUUUUGAAACAGUAAAAAUAUUUUUUUUUAAUUCCGAACUUUUUGCUGAUAAAAUUGACCUUCCUUCAAAGCAAUUAAUAAAAAAUUUGAUUGAGUUUCAUUUCUAAUGAAAAAUAAACAGUAGAAUUUUUAGAACUGAAAUAAUUUUUACUCACAAUCAGGAACCCCCGCAGUGAACGAAAUUUCUAUAAAUCAACUUGUGAUUAACAAAAUCUUGAAACAGUGAAUUUUUUUAACUUAAAUUUUUUUCAAAAUUCCCAAUUUUUGCAGCUGGCAAUACAUGACCGAAGAAGACGACAUCGGUUUCGAAAUCCACUACGACAAAACCGCAUCAUGCGAUAAAUUAACUGACAUGGAUACCGUAUACCCAUAUAUUCGUCUCGAAUGCACAAAUGUUCCAAUCAGCGGCCAUUUAGAUGUCUCAAAACCCGGAAAUUGUCAGUUUCAAAAUUUGUAUCCUCAUUAAAAUAUCGAUUUUUCAGAUGUUCUCGAAUUCGACAACUAUUAUUCGUGGUUUUCCGCCAAACAACUUCGCUACAAUAUUGAAAUCGAAGAAUUGUAA